AUGAGGGGAAAGACUGUUUCUCUAAAAGAUGGGGGAAAGACUGCCUCUCCAAAAGAUGGGGGAAAGACGGUCUCUCGAAAAGAUGGGGGAAAGACUGCCUCUUCAAAAGAUGGGGGAAAGACGGUCUCUCUAAAAGAUGGGGGAAAGACUGCCUCUCCAAAAGAUGGGGGAAAGACGGUCUCUCGAAAAGAUGGGGGAAAGACUGCCUCUCCAAAAGAGGGGGGAAAGACGGUCUCUCGAAAAGAUGGGGGAAAGACUGCCUCUCCAAAAGAUGGGGGAAAGACGACCUUUCCAAAAGAUGGGGGAAAGAUGAUCUUUCCAAAAGAUGGAGGAAAGACGAUCUUUUCAAAAGAUGGGGGAAAGAUUCUCUCUCUAAAAGAUGGGGAAAUGACGGUCUCUCUAAAAGAUGGGGGAAUGACGGUCUCUCCAAAAGAUGGGGAAAGACGGCAUCUCAAAAGAGAUGGGGAAAGGGAUUCGGAGAUGGGAGAGCACUUUAAAAAAUAA